CAUUCAAAAACACACAACCAAAAAAAAAAAAAAAAAAAAAAAACAGAGUGGCAUCUUCAAAAUUAGAUUCAUUGACGCGUUCAUAUUAGUCAUACUGGUAUUCUUCUUAUUUCUAAUUCGAACCAAACUUCUCAUCGAUCAACAAGCCAAGAGGUUAUCAUGGCGGAGACUGCUGUGGGCUUUGUUGUUGAAUACCUCACACCUUUGCUGAUCGAAGAAGCGAAGUUGCUGAGAAACGUUCGCUCUGAAAUUUUGGACAUCAGAGAUGAGCUGCAGAGCAUCAAAUGUUUCCUCAAGGAUGCAGACAUGAAGGCUGAAACCGAGGAUGACUCUGUUAGAGAUGGUGUUAAAGAAUGGGUGAAACAGAUAACCAAAGUUUCCUUUCGUAUAGAAGAUGUGAUUGAUGAGUACAUAUUUCACUUGGCAACACAUCGUCACCGAGGUGGCUUUAUUGGCUCCCUCUGUAGAUUUGGUCACUGCUUAAUCAAACUAACACCACGCCAUCAGAUUGCGUCUCAGAUACAAGAUAUCAAAGUAAAAGUUCGUCAAAUCAAAGAAAGAAGGGAAAGGUAUGGCUUUGACCCAUCCAUUAUUCAGCAGGAUGGAUCGACAACUACUACUUCUGCAGCUGCUUCAUGGUAUGACCCUCGAAAAGAAGCCCUUUAUCUUGAGGAAGCUGAAGUUGUGGGUAUUGAUUCUCCAAGAGAUGAAUUGAUUGGAUGGUUGUUAGAUAAACGACAAACUCAUCGAACUGCAAUUUCGGUGGUCGGGAUGGGGGGUUCGGGCAAGACUACUCUUGCUAAAAAGGUCUAUGAUUCUGUGAAGCAAAAGUUUGAUUGCCAUGGUUGGGUAACAGUGUCUCAAUCAUACCAGAAGGUGGAGCUGCUAAAGGACAUCAUAAAGAAAUUCUGCGAGGGAAACAAAGAGCCCGCUCCUGAGGGAAUUAAUGCAAUGGAUGAGGAGACACUGACUAACAAGUUGAGAGAGUAUUUGCUGCAAAAGAGGUAUGUUGUGAUUUUCGAUGAUGUUUGGAAAGUAGAUUUCUGGGGGGAUAUAGAACAUGCUUUGCUUGAUAAUAAAAAUGGUGGUAGAGUUGUGAUCACAACACGGAAUAUGGAGGUCGCAAACUUUUGUAGAAUUUCAUCAUUAGUUCAUGUCCGUAGGUUGAAGCCUUUGCCCCAUGACAAAGCAUGGCAACUCUUUUGCAAUAAGGUUUUUAAGUUUGAUUUUGAGGGACGCUGUCCCACCUACUUAGCGGAGCUGUCUCAUAAAAUUGUUCAUAAAUGUGAAGGGCUUCCACUUGCUAUUGUAGCCAUAGCUGGUCUUCUCUCAACUAAAAACAAGACCAUUCAUGAAUGGCAAAAAUUGCAUGAUAGCCUUAGUUCAGAGCUGGAAAGCAAUCCUCAGCUUGCAAGCAUAAGAAAAAUCCUUUCUCUUAGUUAUUCUGAUCUACCUCACCAUCUUAAAUCUUGCUUCUUGUACUUUGGCAUGUACCCGGAGGACUAUUCCAUUAGAUGUUCAAGGUUAAUUCGACAAUGGAUUGCUGAAGGGUUCGUGAACCAGAAAAAGGAUAAAACAUUAGAAGAAGUUGCACUCGAGUAUUUGGCUGAACUAAUACAUAGAAGCUUGGUUCAAGUGUCUAAGGUAGACUCUAGAGGAAGACUCAGAAAUUGUCGCAUCCAUGAUCUUUUGCGUGAGGUUGUUGUCAAAAAAAUGGAGUCGAGUUUUUGUCAUGUUGUUGAUGGAAAUGAGUCCACCUUAAAGGGAGAAAUAGUAACUCGACGACUAUCAAUUGUCAACAAUUCAUGCAGUACUGUUCUUCAAGAUGCAGAUUAAGUUUCUCAUGUCUGCAGUAUUUUGAAUUUCAACAAUGAUCAGAGUCAGACACUGCUAAACUAUAUUUUUAAUCCAGGUACAUUGGCAAAGAAUUUCAAGCUUCUAAAACUUUUAGAUUUUGAAGAUGCUCCAAUAGAUUCAAUUCAUGAAGAUAUUGGGAAGUUAUUUCAUUUAAGAUAUUUGAGUCUUCGACGCACCAACGUAAAGAAGCUACCCAGGUCCAUAGGGAAAUUGGUAAAUCUUGAGACUCUGGAUCUAAAGCAAUCAUUUGUGUCUGAGAUACCUGCUGAGAUCAGAAGGCUUCACAAGUUGCGAUAUCUCUUAGGAUACAAUCGUGACUUAACCAUGCAUAUUUGCAUAGCUAGAACGAAAGGAAUAAAACUAAAAGAAGGAUUUGGGAGCUUUCAAUCCCUUGAAAAGUUAUACGAGUUAGAUGUAAAUGAGAUGGGAGCUGAGGUAAUUGAAGAGCUGGGAAAGUUGACUCAGUUGAGGAGAUUGAGCAUCCGUAAUCUCAGAAGUGAAUAUGGAAGGAUUUUGGGAGGGUGUAUUGAGAAGAUAAGCCACCUGGAAUCUUUGCAAGUAAUUGCAACGAGUGAAGAUGAUAUGAUCGAUUUAGAAAGCAUGUCUUCUCCACCUCAAUUUCUCCAAUGUCUCUGCUUAAGUGGGCGUUUAAUGAAGUGGCCAGAAUGGAUCAAGAAACUUCAAAAUCUGACAAGAAUAUCAUUUAAUUGGUCAAAAUUAGAAGAUGAUCCGAUUCAGAAUUUGAAAAAUCUGCCAAACCUAUUGGAUCUCGAGAUAAAGCGUGAUGCAUACGUUGGUGAUGAAUUGCAGUUUGAGAAGGGGAUGUUCCCAAAAAUGAAGGAGCUCGAUCUCAGGUAUUUGAGUAGACUGGAAAGGCUGGUGAUAAAGAAAGGAUCCCUUGUGAAUCUUGAAAGACUCUGCAUUGGACCCAGUCCACAAAUGAAGGAGGUCCCCUCUGGUAUCCAACAUUUGAAAAACCUUCAAUAUCUCCGCUUUUAUGAUAUGUCGGACGAGUUCAAAAAGAGUAUGAAACCAAAAGGAGGACGGCACUAUGAGAUCGUUCAACAUGUCCCUCGUGUUAGCAUCAGUUAUACGCGCGAUGGAGGAAAAUUUGAAACUUUCCGUUUGUUUUGAUUUUAUCAAGUGGAAGAAAUAAAUUAAGUCCUACGUACUUGUCAGGUAAAAUAAUUGAGAGCUUUCAACUAUAUAUGUGCUAGUGGCCCUGGCAGUACCGCUACUCCCUUGCUGCUUGGUGGAUAUCGUCUCACUGCUCCGAGCUCGUUUCAUUGCUUUGUCUAUUAUUCUACUUUACUUGUUUUGCUGUGCUCAGAAAUAAUACAAUUUCCAACAUUUAUAUCAACUCCAAGUGUUUCCCUCCCUUUGCCUUUGAAGUGAUGUUUAUUGACUUAUGUUUAACCUUAUUUGCACACAAUUUGCUAUCUUUCAGUGCCUAAUUUUAUUCUCAGCUUAAAUUAGUUGUUGUUAAAUCAUCAAGAUUUCUGAUUGAUUGCUAUAGUCUGUGUUAUGUGAUACCCAAUAAAGAAAAUCAGCAAACAAAAUGGUACCAAAAUUUAAUAAGCUUGAUGUGUCCUGUAGUAUAAAGAUUUGAGCUUCACAUUUAUGAUAUCUAGUGCAAAUCCUUCUACAUGAGAUACAAAAUUUUAAGAGAAUUUCUUCAUGAUUUUUUUAAAUAUAUAAAUUUAUAUAUUUCUACUAUGAUUAUUUGUUAUUGUUACCUUUCAAGUUAAAAUUAAAAACUCAUAAUAAUUUUUCUUUUUCUUUUUUUAAAAAAAAAAAAAAAGAAAAUUGAUUGAUAGUAAUUAAUGUAUUGAUUUAUCAGUUAUUUGAUUGCAUGCGCAUGGAAUUAGCCUAGCUAAAAUCAGAUCUCAAUUUCUUUUCCUGUUUGGCCUACUCUGUUGCCUCUGCCUGUAGCAUGUUCGAUGCUUCCUUCUAUUUGUAGUCUAUAAAUGACCUGCUUGGUGCUUUAUAAAUUUGUUUGGUUAGCUCUAGAAACUAAUGCAUGAGAAAUCAAUUCUUAGUUUACACUUGUUCUUUUUAUUUGUUUGUUUUCCCGUUUCAAAAUAAAGUCCCAUGACUUGUAUCUUACAUAUCAGUUAAUUUCUCACAAAGUCGAUAAAUCUUUUGACUGAAAAAAAAAAAAUGCUUUUCUGAAUUUUGUUGUGCAUUGAUUUACCCAAGAAUUGGCCACAAUGACAACUUGACAUGAACAAUGCUUUUCUCCAUGGACAUCUAAAUGAAGAGGUCUAGAUGGAGUAACCUUAAGGAUUCAUUGAUUCCAAUAGGCCGACCCAUGUUUGCAGGCUCAAGAAAAUCUACUAGUUAAAACAAGUACCAUGCGCAUGGUGUAUAGAAUUGAAGACCUUUCUACUCUCAUACGGGUUUGUCAAUUCUAUGUCUCAUACUUCUCUAUUUAUUUUUCAUAAAUCAGGCAUCAUUCUUUAUCUAGUAGUCUAUGCGGAUCACCUUCUUUUGACUAGGAACAAUUUAUCUACUCUUUCUAAAUUUGUUGAUGCUCUUUCCAUCACUUUCACUCUUAAAGAUCUUCGUGAUCUAAAUUAUUUUCUUGGAAAUGAAGUCACAUCAAGCAAAGCUGGUCUUAUUCUUACAUGGAGAAAAUACAUUCAUGAUCUCUUAGAAAGGACUCAUAUGGUAGAUGCCAAGGAAGUUACCAUGCCAAUAUCUACAUUAGCAACUCUAACUCUUAAGGAUGGAGCUAAUCUAACUAGUGCCAUCCUUGUCCCUUCAUGCUUAUAGUGAUGCUGAUUAGGUGGAUAAUAAAGAUGACAGUACCUCAACUUCAGCUAUGUCAUGUAUCUUGGUUCAAAUCCAAUUUCUUGGAUGUCAAAGAAGCAAUGCACCGUUUUACACUCUUCAACUGAAGUUGAUUAACUACUUGAUUGCUACUACUACACUAAAUUAUGUUAGCCUCAUUCAUUGUUGUUUGAGUUAAAGCCGGCAUACCUUAAGUUCCAGUCAUGUAGAUAUUAGUCAUCUUAUUGUUGUCUUUAACUUCAUUGAUCUUUUGUACAUAGAUUUUGGUCACUGUUAUGUUGUAUAGUUAUCUAUAACAACUAUCGGUUAUGUACUCUGUAUAAAUACUAGUUGUACUCAUUCAAUCAAAUUAAGUUUUUUCCUUCA